CCCCACUCCCAGUUCUGAAUCCAGCCGUGCGCUCUGGAGAAACUUCUGGAUUACAAAAGACCCAGAGAGUUCAGAAGAAGAAGAGCCUCCUUUGUCAGUGCAGUCUCUCCGCUUUGAAGAACGGGUCGGGUUUGCUCCGGGCUCUUUCUCCAACACCAACCCCAUCCAGCCGCUGCCUCUCUCUCUCUCGGUCCAGCUGGGUCCUGCGUCUUGCAGCAUCGUUGAAGCAGGAUGGCUAAUGGCGGUCUCCAGAUGUUGGGCUUCAUCCUGGCUUUCAUCGGCUGGAUCGGCAUCGUGGUCAGCACAGCCAUGCCACAGUGGAAGAUCUCCUCCUACGCGGGGGACAACAUUGUGACCGCCCAAGCCAUCUACGAAGGCCUCUGGAUGUCCUGUGUCACGCAGAGCACGGGACAGAUGCAGUGCAAGGUUUAUGACUCCCUUCUCAAGUUGCAAGGCAGUUUACAAGCGACCCGUGCCUUGAUGGUGUCCAGCAUCCUUUUGGGUCUCAUUGGAUCUUUUGUCGCCAUGAUUGGCAUGAAAUGCAUGAAGUGCUUGGAAGACGAUGAGGUGAAGAAGUCAAGGAUGGCCAUUCUCGGAGGUGUCAUCUUCCUCAUUUCAGGCUUUGCCGCCUUAGUGGCUACCUCCUGGUAUGGCAACCUUGUUGCACAGGACUUUUUCAACCCCUACACACCCGUCAACACCAGGUUUGAAUUCGGCCAGGCGCUUUUCAUCGGCUGGGCAGCCUCCUCCCUGAGCAUCUUGGGCGGGGCCUUCCUCUGCUGCUGGUGCCCCAGGCAAGAGACCUCCUACCCCCCAACUCGGCCGUACCCCAAGUGUGUCCCCUCCACCGGGAAGGAUUACGUAUAAUACGACGGGGAAGGAUGACAUGAGACGCUAGCAUCAAACGACCCCAAGGGACAUUGCUUUACUCCUCUCCUACACUCAGCAGAGCAAGCCUGCUCUGGCACACCGCCUUCACCCACCCCUCAUAAGUGAACUGUGCCUCUUUGUACCCCUGCACCCAUUUGUGUUCAUGGCCAGAUCCUGCUCUCAUCCCCGAUAGGAAAACUGAGGAAAGGAUUCACCCAGAAAUCAAACAUGCAUACGUAGGGAAUACCACCUUCUCUUGGUGAGAGGACCGACAAGGCAGCCAUUCCCUUUUCGGACCCUUCUUCACUCUCUUAAGGAUGGACAGUCUUCUUCUCUCUCUUUGAAACGUUGCCAUAGAGUUCUCUCGAAGGGCCAGAAGACGGGAGGGUCUCCAAGCAGAUGGAGGGGCCAAUCCCCCAGAGAAAAGUCUGCUUGAAGAACUUACAAGUAGUCCUUGACUUACAACCACCACUGAGGCCAAAACGUCUCUUGCUAACCGAGUCGGUGGUUCAGUGAGUUUUGCCCCAUUUUGCGACCUUACUUGCCACCGCUGUUAAGCGAAUCGCUGCAUCUCUUAAGCUCAUCCCACGGCUGGGAAGUGAAUGUGGCGUCCCCGUGGACUUUGCUUGUCAGAAAGUCACAAAGGGGGAGUCACGUGGGCACUGCCACCGUCAUAAAUACGAGUUAGUUGCCAAGUGUCUGAAUUUUGAUCCCACGAAGAUGGGGAUCAAAACUGCAGCGGUCUUAAGUGCAAAAGGCAGCCGUAAGUCGCUUUUUUUUAAAGUGCUGUCAUAAUGCGGGGCAGUCGCUAAAUGAACUGCCGUAAGUUGAGGACUAUCUGUAUUCUGUGCACAAAUGUGCUGGAGGUUCCCUCCCUCCCCAUAGACCCCCAAACAGACAGAAGUGUGAGGAAUAGAGCACAGGGCUACGCAGACCAACAUCAGCCUGGGUGGGGUUCUGCAUUGUUAAAUUUAAGGACCCCUCCUCCCUGCUCAAUCCAACAGCCUGCAUGGCGUCCCUGCUCAGGCUUCCAUGCCAAACUUUGGACAAAUUUCAGCAAUUCCCCCACCGCCCUUUUCAGUACCCACCUGCCCCCCUCACCCGCUCCUUGUUUCUAUCUGUAAUUCUUUUCCACAGCAACUGGUUUAA